CUGUUAGCGCCGCGAAACUCUAAAACGUCUCGAGCUUGAGGUUUGCCGCUCGAUCCAGGUUAGACCGCUGUUAGAAGUUGGAUAUUGCUUCGGGCUAUUAAUGUGCAUAUGGGCUGGCCGGCUCGCGUUGCCUGCUUUCACUGUGCCGUCUCAAUGCUCCAUGCGUCUCUCUCUCUCUCUCUCUCUCUCUCUCUCUCCCCUCUUUUUCCUUUCUUCUCUUCUUCUUAGUCUUUUCAAUGUCCUUCGACUCAACGCCUGCCUGCCUAUCCUAUUGUUGCUCUGUGUGAACGUGUCAAUUCCCCCGGGAUCUCUUGAGCGCGCAGCUGGGUAAAUCCCAAAGAAAGUAGAUGCCAAAAAUAUGGAUA